AUUUAAGUCAAUACGAUAUCAGUAUAUAAACUGAUCGAUUCCAGUUACAAAAGUACUUCGUCCUUCGUCGUUCAAUCGAGUCAUCAUCCGUCAUCAUCUCUACUUUUCACUGAAGCUACAAAGAAUGGCGAAAAUGGGCUAUGUUGCAUUGGCUUUGGUUGCAAUUUUCUGUAUUGUUCACGUCCAAGGACUUUCUGAUGAUGUAGAAGCUGCAUGGGAACAAUUUCAGGCUCAUCAUCCGAGUAACACCAAAUCCCACACUGACGCUGCAAAGCGCAAAGGAAACUUUGUUAAGACACACGAAAUGAUCCAGAGGCACAAUAAGAACAAGAAUGCCGCAUACCAACUAGAACACAAUGAUUUCUCUGUCAUGGAUGAAGCAGAGAAAAAACUUUACACUGGCGCAGUUGCUCCAUCAGGUUCGAGAUUUCUGAUUGCCGAUCAGCAGUUGGAUGAUUCUAUGCGCCAGAUACCAACUUCCUUGGACUAUAGAACUAACACCUGUUUGGCGCCAGUUAAAAAUCAAGGAUCGUGCGGAAGCUGUUGGGCUUUCACUGCCAUAACGCCGCUUGAGUUCGCUCAAUGCAAAAAGAGUGGUUCUAGAGUUAUUUUGAGCGAACAACAACUGGUCGACUGCGACCCUAACAAUGGCGGUUGUAACGGCGGAUGGUAUACAACCGCUUGGAACUAUCUAAGGGGUGGAUCAGCGAGACAGUCGGCCUAUUCUUACACUGCUGUUAAAGGAACUUGCAAGUUUUCCACGUCCACGAUUGGCUCGACUGUCGCUACGUACGGUGGCGUUACAUCCAAAUCACCGUCCGCAAUGCAAGCGGCCCUCGUGAGAUACGGUCCCCUUUCAGUGGCUAUCACCGUCAUCAACUCCUUUUACUCUUAUAAGAGCGGCGUUUACACUGAUGCGGCGUGCGACAAUAAGGGUGUGAAUCACGGUGUGGUUGUCGUAGGAUGGGGUAAUCUUUCUGGAACGGAUUAUUGGAUUGUUCGUAAUUCAUGGGGAUCCGGAUGGGGAAGCGCGGGCUACAUUUUAAUGCAGCGGGGUGUUAACAAAUGCAGUAUCGAAACUUACCCAGCCGCUGUUGCAUCCGUCGUCUAAAAACACUAAAAGGUCAUCUUUUCUACGUAAACAACCAUUGAAGAAACAAGUCUUUUGGAGAUUUUUCUUAUUUAUGUUUCACUGUCUGCAAAUCUGUGUGUGUCACAGCCUUUUAGAUGAUGAGCGUGUUAAUGUUAUAAAACUACUUGGUAAACUUGGGAUAUAAUACAUAUAAAUCAGCAUAGAUAAAUC